AUGAAGAAUACUUCUUUGAUUGGAGGAAACUUUGUAAGAUGUAAUAUGAAUGGAUCACAAUUUGAGAAUGUGGAUAUCAGUGGAGUCAAUUUUAAUGGCGCUUAGAUGUUUAAUUGUUAAUGGAAGAACAUUAAAGUUCAUGAAUUGAAUAAAUUAGAUGGCCAUAGUCGGAGUAUAAGAUCAGCAUGUUUCUCUCCUGAUGGAAAUAUAUUAGCUUCUGGUAGUAGUGAUGAGUCUAUACGUCUAUGGGAUGUCAAAACAGGAUAAUAAAUAGCGAAAUUAAAUGGUCAUGAGCAUUGGGUAAUGUCAGUGUGUUUCUCUCCUGAUGGAAAUACAUUAGUAUCUGGUAGUAGAGAUAACUCUAUCCGUUUAUGGGAUGUCAAAACAGGAUAAUAAAAAGCCAAAUUAGAUGUUCAUACUAUUGCCAUUAUGUCAGUGUGUUUCUCUCCUGAUGGAAAUACAUUAGCUUCUGGUAGUGAUGAUAACUCUAUCCGUCUAUGGGAUGUCAAAACAGGUUAAUAAAAAGCCAAAUUUGAUGUUCAUAAUUAUGCUAUCUACUCAGUCUGUUUUUCUCCUGAUGGAAAUACAUUGGCUUCUGGUAGCUAAGAUCAGUCUAUCAUUCUUUUGGAUGUCAAAACAGGAGAAUAAAAAGCCAAAUUAGCUGGUCAUAAGCAUUAUGUUAUUUCAGUCUACUUCUCUCCUGAUGGAAAUACAUUAGCAUCUGGUAGUAGAGAUAAAUCUAUCCGUCUUUGGGAUGUCCAAACAGGAUAAUAAAAAGUCUAAUUAGAUGGUCAUAGUAAUUAUGUAAACUCAGUCUGUUUCUCUCCUGAUGGAAAUACGUUAGCAUCUGGUAGUGGUGAUAGGUCUAUCCGCCUAUGGGAUGUAAAGACAGGAUAGCAAAAAGCCUAUUUAGAUGGUCAUAGUAACUAAGUUUGGUCAGUCUACUUCUCUCCUGAUGGAAAUAUAUUAGCAUCUGGCGGUGAUGAUAAGUCCAUCCGUCUUUGGGAUGUCAACACAGGAUAAUAAAAAGUCUAAUUAGAUGGUCAUAGUGAUUAUGUAAACUCAGUCUGUUUCUCUCCUGAUGGAAAUAUAUUCGCAUCUGGUAGUUCUGAUGAGUCUAUCCGUCUAUGGGAUGUCAAAACAGGAUAAUAAAUAGCCAAAUUAGAUGGUCAUAGUGAUUAGGUAAAAUCAGUCUGUUUCUCUCCUGAUGGAAAUACAUUUGCAUCUGGUAGUUCUGAUGAGUCUAUCCGUCUAUGGGAUGUCAAAACAGGAUAAUAAAAGGCCUAAUUGGAUGGUCAUAGAAGUAUGGUCGAAUCAGUAUGUUUCUCACCUGAUGGAAAUACAUUAGCAGCUGGUAGUGAUGAUUAUACUAUUAGUCUAUGGGAUGUAAAAACAGAAAAAUAAAUAGCCUAAUUACAUGGUCAUAGAAAGACUGUCACCUCAGUCUGUUUCUCUUCUGAUGGAAAUACAUUAGCUUCUGGUAGUGGUGAUUGUUGUAUCCGUCUAUGGGAUGUCAAAAUAGAAUUAUAAACAGCAAAAUUAUAAGGUCAUGAGUUUUGGGUAGAGUCAGUUUGUUUCUCUCCUGAUGGAAAUACUUUAGCUUCUGGUAGUGGUGAUUGUUUUAUCCGUCUAUGGGAAGUAAAUAAAGGAUAAUAAAAAGCCAAAUUAGAUGGUCAUACUAGUGCUAUUAUGUCAGUCUGUUUCUCUCCUGAUGGAAAUACAUUAGCUUCUUGUAGUUUGGAUAAAUCUAUCCGUCUAUGGAAUGUCAAAACAGGAUAAUAAAAAGCAAAAUUAUACGGUCAUAUUGAUUCAGUUAUGUCAGUCUUUUUCUCUCCUGAUGGAAAUACAUUAGCAUCUGGCAGUUUAGAUAGGUCUAUCCGUCUUUGGGAUAUCCAAGUAGUAUAAUAAAAAGCAGAUGGUCAUAUAAGCUCUGUCUGGUCAGUCUGUUUCUCUCCUGAUGGAUAAACAUUAGCAUCUAGUAGUAGAGAUAACUCUAUCCAUCUAUGGGAUAUCAAAACAGGAUAAUAAAUAGCGAAAUUAGAUGGUCAUAGAAAGACUGUCACCUCAGUCUGUUUCUCUUCUGAUGGAAAUACAUUAGCUUCUGGUAGUGGUGAUUGUUUUAUCCUUCUAUGGGAAGUAAAUACAGGAUAAUAAAAAGUCAAAUUAGAUGGUCAUACUAGUGCUAUUAUGUCAGUCUGUUUCUCUCCUGAUGGAAAUACAUUAGCUUCUGGUAGUGAUGAUGAGUCUAUCCGUCUAUGGGAUGUCAAAACAGGAUAAUAAAAAGCCAAAUUAGAUGGUCAUA